AGGGGGGGGGGGGGGAAGGAGAGAGAGAGAUUGCAAACUGCUGCUGCAGCCGAAAUGAGUCCGAAUCCCUGAGCAAUAAUUUCUCGUGCGCUGCUUAAGGACGAGGGUAACGGGUUUUCUCUUUUAAAAAAAAGCAAAGACGACGUUGAACUGUUAUCAUCUCCGCUUUGAAUAGUGAUCGUUUGGCGCAGGGGAGACCGGGCACGGCGUUAGUAAGAUUUAAGUGAGUAAGAUUUAAAAAAAGGGGGAAUGGUGCGACGCUGCCGGCUGCAUCUUCCCGUCACUCUGGAGCUCAAAUGGGAAAAUGCUGGAGACACCUUACACAGCGGGGGAGUGAGUUCGCGGGCAAUUAUUGCAAAGCACUGAGUGGCGAUAGCAUCAGAGGAACAGAUCGACGUGGUUUUAUUGGGCAAUGGAUCUAAUCUCCAGUCAAGUGUCUGUGGAAGCGCAGCAUCUGUGCCUGGCUGUCUGAAUGCUCCAAUCGUACAGAAGCCAUUGGUGACCCAUUGAACAGGAUGCUAUUAUAGGCGCUGCUGAUUUCUCGGGAUCGGCUCAGUCCCGUCCUUUGCUGCGAACUCAUCCCACGGAAGGAACCGAGUCCAUGAAAUCCGAUCCCCCCAGAGACAACCCGGGAGAAGUGAAUGCGCGCCCCCGGUUUGUGCCGGCGCAUCCUCCACACACUCCUCAGGCUCGCUCCAGUCACCCGUGAGUCCUCAAAGCUCAUCCCAUGACGUAAAAGGAAAAUAAGGAAUCUGAUCGAGAGACAAGUGAUUUUCCGAUGCAAUCGAGCAUCCCAAACGUGCUGGUGCAUUGGCUGAAAGCGGCAACCUCGGACGGUCCCCACAGUCUGCAGUGAGCUGUAGGCAGACUUUUCUCACAACCAUCAUUGAGGAGACAGAGAGCGAGGAAAAGAGAGAGCAGGAAGAGGAGCGAGCUGCAUUUUAAACAUUCACUUACAUUCCUAUCACGUCGGCAUUUUCCUCAGACUCUCCAACAGCGGGAGUGAAGGCAGCUCCAGCAAACCUUCAACACUUUUCACUCCUUCCACUAAAAUCAACUGCGGAGGUCUUCACACCUCGAGGAGGUCCCAUACGGCAAUCCUGAGAGCGGCUGCACCUCCAGCUACACAGAAAAAUAAGGAUGUUCUGGAUAACCCUUUUAAGCACAAUAACUUUAGGAUGGAGUACGUCGAUUCCACUGAUGGAGGAUUCCAAAGAAUUAGACGAACCUUGCAUGGAGCCAUGUUACUGCGAGGAAAAGGAGAGUUUUUUACACAUACACUGUGAAAGUAAAGGUUUUACAAACAUUAGUCAGAUUACCGAGUCAUGGAAAAGACCAUUUAAACUCUACCUGCAAAGAAACUCUAUGAGGAAACUCUAUGCUAACGGUUUUCUUUUUUUAACCAACGCAGUAUCCAUUAACCUUGGAAACAACGCUUUGCAGGACAUUCAGGCAGGUGCCUUUAAUGGCAUGAAACUUCUGAAACGUUUAUACUUGCACGAAAACAAACUGGAGGUUUUCCGAAAUGAUACUUUCUUGGGGUUGGAGAGCUUGGAAUAUCUACAGGCCGAUUACAAUGUGCUCAAGAGGAUUGACGGAGGUGCAUUUAGGAACUUCAAUAAGCUGAAAGUGUUGAUUAUCAAUGACAACUUGAUUCCCCUGCUUCCUUUCAAUCUCUUCAGGAUGGUUUCAUUAACCCACAUAGAUCUGCGUGGUAACCGGUUAAAGACGCUGCCUUAUGUUGGGACGCUGGAAUAUAUUGGCAGAAGCCUAAUGGAGAUUCAGCUGGAGGAGAACCCUUGGAACUGUACAUGUGACAUUAUCCCAUUAAAGACUUGGUUAGAAAGCAUACCGUAUACGGUUCUAGUAGGGGAAAUUACUUGCGAGACCCCAUUCCAUCUCCAUGGCAAGGAUUUGAGAGAGAUCAGAAGCAGUGAAUUGUGUCCACUUCUUUCUAACGUGGAAGUAGAAGUCAGCUUGGGGAUUCCACAGCUUGCUUCCAGUAAUGACAAUGCGUGGCCUACCAAACCUUCCUCCAUGUCUUUAUCCGUGACUUACACAGCUUCUUCAGUUGAAUAUAAGACAUCGGGUAAAUUACCAAAAUCAACCAAGACUCCGAAGACUUUAAAAGCACAGCCAACUCUACGCAGCGUUUAUUCAGGCCAAAAUCAACCCAUUGUUGCUGGCUACCAGACCAGACCACCAAUCCCCAUCAUUUGUCCCGCUAAAUGCUCUUGCAGCCUGCAUAUAAAUGACUUGGGGUUGACCGUACAGUGCAAAGCUAAAGGGAUUGAAAACAUGUCCGAACUAAUACCCAGACCAUUGAAUGCUAGGAAGUUGUACUUAACCGGAAACCUAAUUCAAAAAAUCUAUAGGUCAGAUUUCUGGAACUUCUCCAGUUUGGAUCUAUUGCAUUUGGGAAGCAAUGGUAUUUCCUACAUACAAGAUGGUGCUUUCAUGAAUCUUCCAAAUUUAAAAAUCCUUUAUCUGAACAACAACACCAUCGAACGCCUCACCCCGGGCAUGUUCAGAGGGCUACAAAGUUUGCAAUACCUAUACUUUGAAUACAACGUCAUAAGAGAAAUCCAGCCAGCGGCUUUUAGCCUGAUGCCUAAUCUUCAGCUAUUGUUUCUGAACAAUAAUCGACUCCGGACUCUCCCAACCGAUGCAUUCACGGGCACUUCUCUAGCUCGUCUGAGCCUGAGGAGCAACCACUUUCUGUACCUACCGGUGAGUGGAGUGCUCGAACACCUGGACUCCAUUGUGCAGAUUGAUCUGAACAACAAUCCGUGGGAUUGUUCCUGUGAUCUAAUGGCCCUGAAGCAGUGGGUGGAAAAGAUCAGCACAGUUAUAAUGGUUGGCGACGUGUUCUGCAAGACGCCAGAGUUCCUGAGCGGGAAAGAUCUGAAGAAAGUGGACUCUGAGAUAUUAUGUCCCGAACUAAAGCAUGCCGCCGCCUCUCCAGCUCUGCCCGGCUCGGGUGCGAAUGGGAAUGUGAUAUCCACAGCGUCGGGGUUUGGAUUCUCUUCGCAAGGUGGCGCCAUUCCCCUUUCAGUCCUUAUUCUGAGCCUCCUGAUUAUUUUCAUUUCCGCCGUAUUUAUUGCAGCUGGACUCUUUGCUUUUGUGCUCAGGAGACGUAAGAAAUCGCCCUUCAGCAGAAGGCAGGACAUGGAUUUGACUGGUAUGCAAAUGCAGUGCAGGAUCUUUGAAGACAGAACUGCCAACUCUCCCGAGAAAGCAGCCAGCCACGUCUAUGACUACAUCCCGCAUCCCGUCACUCAAAUGUGCAACAACCCUAUCUAUAAACCACGUGAGGGAGAGAUGGAGGAGGAAUUCUCAGAGACUCAGGAAAACAACGCCAAUUACAAAACUCUGGAGAAAGACAAGGAAUGGAAAAUGUCGCUGUCCAAUAGCAACCUUAACACAAUUGUUACAAUCAACCAGACGAACGAUUUUGCCAAUUUUCCAGAAAAUGGGGUGAUUUACCCCAGCGUGUUGGACAGAGAAAGGCCAGCUCACACCGUUGGCUUUGUAGACUGCCUCUAUGGCACUGUGCCCAAGUUAAAAGAGCUGCAUGUCCACCCUCCUGGCAUGCAAUAUCCUGAUUUACAGCAAGAUGCCAGGUUUAAAGAAACGAUUCUGUUUGGCUCCUCUGGCCGGGGAUAUCCUGACCAAACCCAAAGCGAAUACCUCGAGUUAAGGGCCAAACUUCAAACUAAGCCAGACUACCUCGAAGUAUUAGAGAAGUCGACGUACCGAUUUUAAUCACCACAUCAACAGAAAAUGACCCCAAACAUCGCAUGUUUAGAAGGUAAAGGGAAAUAAUUCACCACCCCCUCAUUAGGUUGCUUUGGACGAAAGGCCAUAUUCAAAUCAUACUCAAUGAAGUGCCUUUGCAGACUUUAGCCAGCAAUGAUAUCAAUCAUAUUUUUUUAUGGAAAUGAAAUCUGACUGUGCCGUCUAUAAUCAUUUCGAGGCCUGGUUAUCGAUCGUCAUAUAAAUAACCCUAUUCAUUACUGGCAGAGACUUUGUUCACUUUAUUUGGUAGGAAAUGAUGGCUCUCUCUUUCUCUCUUGCUCUCUCGUCUAAGUAAACGCCGAGGGCAUAUUCUGUGAAACAUUUGACUGCAGUCUUGCUGCAUGUGUGAAACUGCCGGGUGUAACUUGCUCAAAUGACAAGACGUAAACUUGGUAAUUAAAAUGACUGCAACGCUUUAUCGUUCAGUGUUAUUUAAUUUUUUAUAUAUAUAUAUUAUAUAUAUAUAAAUAUAUAUUAUACUCGAGAGGAAUAUAAAGACUACGACGCAUCUAAGGAUUUCAAUUUGUCGAUAUGACGCGAAGAUUUUAUUAUAAACACGCACUUUCUUAAAAAAAAGCUCGUCAAUGUUGAUGCUUACACCACUAACAGCUUUGUAAGAAGCACUUUUAAUGUUUUUUCUCUCUCACACACACACAUGCGCACACACACAAAGAUUUCAAAAUGUGCAUAUUUAUUCUGUAAUUUCCGUGAACGAUCAAUGUAAAGUUAAUAAUGUUAACUCAAUGUAGUGACUGCGUCUGGUAAAGCUUUCAUAAUAAAAGGUGUUCAAACUA